CCCCCAACCUAUGAGAUGCUCAAGGAGGAGCACAAGGUGGCUGUACUCGGGGUGCCCCAGAGCUCAGCUCCCGUGACAACCACUGUGAUCAACAUCCGUAGUGAGACAGCCGUGCCCACCAUCUUCAUGAACUGGUGCUGCCUGGGCUUCAUGGCCUUCGCCUACUCCGUGAAGUCUAGGGACCGGAAGAUGGUGGGUGACAUGUAUGGGGCCCAGACUUAUGCCUCCACCGCCAAGUGCCUGAACAUCUGGGCCCGUCUUGGCCUCCUUCUGACCAUCUCAUUCAUCAUUUUUUUUGUCACUGGAUCACUGAUGAUUUCCCAAACAAUUUCAGAGAUCAUAAAACAUUAUGGAGGGUACUAG